AUGAUGGGAUUGCCCCCAAGGCCGGGAGGGCACCGCAGGGGCCUGGGCCCAGCCAACGUGAGGCUCUCCCAGAAGGAGCAGCCCCAGCCGCCCAUCUGCACAUGCGGGGGGCCAGUGGCUUUGCCAUUGGAUUCGAUGACCUUUGCAAAUGACUUCGCGGUGGUCUCCCCAAGGUUGGAAUCUCCACACUCAACGAUGAGACGGUAUCCGGAGGAAGACAAGGGAAUGCCCACCAUUCCCAGGAAAUUCUGGUUGAGGAACAUGAACGAGAACGUGGUUGAUGGACACAGGACGGAAUUAUCAUUAAGAGCACGGCUACAGUACAGAUUAAAUCUCAGUUUCUUUCGAGUUCUCUGUAUCAAAACCGAGUUCCUGUCAAUGGGUCCUUUUUUGUACGCCAUUGUUUGCUGUGGAUGUGGUUUCUGUAGUGAUGGGACCGAGUGCGGAGAUCUAUUGGCUGCUGGCUUUACCCGUCUGUGUCUCUCAGCACAGAGCUCUUAUUCAGACCUCGCCGUGCCCUUCCUGCUCCCACUGUCUUGCUUUCUCUUCCUGACUAUUUUAGGGCACAAACAACGAAUUUCCUCCAAGCGGCCGGCCUCGGUGGUCCCCGCAUUCCUUUGGAUGAGCACAUCUAGUUGGGAAUUGGACAAAGCCCAGGCUCCUGGACUCGCACACAGCCUCCUGAAUCCUACCCUCGGACCUGGCUGGGCUUUGCUGGGGAGCGACCCGGGCGCGCCGGAGACCCCGGCUGGACACUCCAAUGACGGAAGCUUCGAGCUGUUUCUGCAAAGCUGGGGAGCGGGCUCCGUGCCCCCCUUCUCGCCGGACGCCCGGGCACCAGCCCCGCGCUGCCCGCUGGUCUGCAGGACCACAAAAGUUGGUGGCUGCGGGAACGGGCGCCGGGCGCCCCAGCCCGGGUCUCAGGGGACGCAGACCCCAGUCGGUUCCCGGGAGCAGAGCCCGCGGGACUCACGGCCGGCGGGUGCCCCGGUCUGGGGUGGGGGCAGGGGUCUGGGGAGUCGAUGGGGAUCUGUGCAGCACACCGAUAGCCUCGGGCAACCUGGCGAGGAACCCCCAUCUCAACGCUCUCGGCCGUCCCGCGCUGCGAAUUCCCUCCCGGCCCCCGCUUUCGCGGCCCAUUGGUGCCCCCCGCUCACCCCCAACCCCGCGCGGCUCGGCCUGGCCACCCCACCCCCCGUCCCGCCCCAGUGGGCCAAGCAGGUCGUGGAGAUCCGGCCACCCGCUGCUGGAGGCGGGGGCUGGGGGGGGGGGAAGCACCACAGGGGGGUGGCCCCCCGGAGCGAGCCGCUGAACUUGAGUCCCGCCCCCUCCCCGAGGCCUCCGCGGCGCCCCCAGCCUGCGCCUGCACCCGCGUGGCCCGACCUGCGGAAGUGCGGGCGGGGGGUGGGGAGCGGGGGGAGGUGUCGCUCGGCCGCAGACCCUGCGGGGGCUCGGGAGUGGGGGGCGGUGGUGGCUGCGCGCGGAGGGCCCGAGGUCCCCGCCCCCGCUCCCGACCCCCGGGCCGUCCCCUCCCCCUGCCCUGCCGCGGCUCCCGCGGCCCCCGGUGGUGGUGGCGGCGGCGGCGGCGGGGGGUGGCGCGCAAGCCGGGAGUCCAGGGCGCGGGUGUCUGUGCGCGCGGGGAGCGGGGCCCCGUGCGGCGCGCAGCCCUGGGCCCGGGCGCACCAUUCCGCCGCCUGCUCGCCGCCAGACGCGGCGCCCUUUCUGCCCGGGGCGGGGGCGCGCCGAGCCCCGCACCCCUCCCCCCAGGCCCGCGGGGCCCACCUGGGAGCGCGCGUCCCGCCCGGAGGGCGCGGGGCGAGGACGUCCUCCGCAGCCCUCCCGCCCCUUCCCCAGCGCCUUGCUUUUUUACAUUUAUUUAUUUUUUUUAAUUUUGGCUGACUGCUUCUUCUGAACCGACCGGCAGGUAUUUUUUUGACCUACUACGCGGGGUGAAUUGGAAUGGCUUUGAAGAUCUUCAUGAACCCCCAAAUCUUCAGUUGUAAAGAUGAAAGUACAUGGAGAGGCCUCCUUGAAACAUUAUCCUAGUGUGGAAUGAAUCCUUCUUCUGUCCGGACCUGAUAUUCCUCAGAAGGUCUGUAUGCUUUGACUGAUGCACUCUCUGUAUGCUAAGAUUCUAUCAACAUGAUACAAUAAUUUUAUGAAUAGGAAAUGAUACAUUUACAUAGUACAAAUUAUAUUAAAUUAUUUACAUAUUGUAAAUUAUAUUGAAUUGCAUAUUAUAUAUAUGUGUUAACAAACUAUAAUAUUGCUAAUAUAUUAACAACUCAUAAAUAUUGCUUUAGUUAGUGCCUCCUGUGUGCUCUUGGUUGGGGUAGAUUCUUGUGACACAUCGCUUACAUACAACACCCAGUGUUCAUCCCAACAGGUGCCGUCCUCAAUCUUCCCCUUUCCUCCGCAACCCCCAUCAGCCCUCAGUUUGUUCUCUGUAUUUCAGAAUCUCUUAUGGUUUGCCUUCCUCUGUUUGAAACUGUUUUUCCCCUCCCUCCCCUCUUCUGUUAAGUUUCUCAAGUUCCACAUGAGUGAAAACAUAUGAUAUCUGUCUUUCUCUGACUGACUUAUCUCACUCAGCAUAAUCCCCUCCAGUUCCACCUACGUUGCUGCAAAUGAGUGCCUCCUCUUUUUAAUUCACCUUGACUAUUUGGAAACUGUCAUCACAGGCCAUAUAUUAUUAUAAUUAAAAGUUUCUUCUCUAGGGGCAUCCGGCUGGCUCAGUGGGAAGAAUAUGCGGUUCUUGGUCUUGGGGUCAUGGGUUCACACCCCACAUUGGGUGUAGAGAUUACUAAAAAAAAAACUUAAAACAAAAGAUUCCAUUUUUUAAAAAUACUUAUUUAUGUUUGAGAGAGAGAGAGACAGAGUGCAAGUAGGGGAGGGGCAGAGAGAGAGGGAGACACAGAAUCUGAAGCGGGCUCCAGGCUCUGAGCUGUCAGCACAGAGCCCCACAUAGGGUUCAAACUCAUAAACUGUGAGAUCAUGACCUGAGCUGAAGUCGGGUGCCUAACUAACUGAGCUACCCAGGCACCCCAAGAGUGGGAUGUUUAACCAACUGAGCCACCCAGGUGCCCCCAAAAGAUUCUUUUCUAUAUCAAUGAAUACAUGUUAAGUACACUGUAAGUCUUUACAAAUGAUAAGUAUAUAGUAGGGUAUACUUUUUGUGUCAAAACCUAGAUCAUAGGGGCGCUUGGGUGGCUCAGUUGGUUAAGCACCUGACUUCGGCUCAGGUCAUGUU